AUGGCCGACUCCGAAGAUACCGGCGCUGCGCCCGUCUCCGAACCUUUAGAUCUGGUGCGCCUGUCGCUGGAUGAGAUUGUCUUUGUGAAGCUGCGUGGUGAUCGCGAGCUGAAGGGUCGUCUGCACGCCUACGACAGCCAUUGCAAUGUGGUCCUGGGAGAGGUCGAGGAGACGGUCUACGUGGUAGAGGAGGAUGAGAACGGAGAAGAGACCAUCCGCACUACCAAGAAGCAAGAAGAAAUGCUUUUCGUGCGAGCUAACCAUACUUAUCUGAUUAUCUCCCCCCUGUUAUCACUAUCUAUCAUUAUGCCCCCUGGAGGACCCAAGCUCUCCCUAGAGGAGCGGCGACGAGGCGAGAUUGCGCUCAGUGAGUUUGCAGAAUAUGCCGACAAACAGCAAUCGAACCGCUCUGCCCCCGUACCGCCCAGCGACAGCGGCUACUCCACCGCCAGCGUAUCCCGCGCCCCCGAAGAACAUGCUGAGUUGGAAAUCCUGGACCAGCUGGGAUUGUCCGAUGCCCCGAAAUCGUUCAAAUUAAAGGACCUUCUGCUAGGAACAGGAGAUCAACCGGAGGAUGGUCUGCAGACUCUGGCGAGCCUGGUGCAAGGUCGCAUCGAUGAAGGCCAUGGCGAGACGAUAUUCGAUCUGGGUCUGGAGGACGGUGGAGAAUCGAUGGCGUUUGACCUGGAGCAAUGGAACACGGCUUUGCGGCGCCUACGAGAGGCGGCCGACACUCUCUCCGCGCAUUGUCGCAUCCUAAUGACCUAUAAUGUCGGAGGCCCUGAGGAGUCGAAGUGGCAUAACGAACGGAUUAAAGGGGCUUGGGGCAAGAUCCUCAUCCGACAGCCCGCUGAUAGCGUCGAGGAGAUGACCGAGAUCCGGGUCGCAGUCGUGGGAAAUGUGGAUGCUGGCAAGAGUACCAUGUUGGGAGUCCUCGUGAAGGGGAAUCUGGACGAUGGUCGCGGCAAGGCCCGGGUCAAUCUUUUCCGCCAUAAGCAUGAAGUCGAAAGCGGCCGGACCAGCUCCGUGGGCUUGGAGAUCAUGGGAUUUGACAGUCGUGGAGAGAUUGUUGGUAGCUCGCAGGGCCGCAAGCUCUCGUGGGAAGACAUCGGCAAGAAAUCCGCAAAGGUGAUUUCCUUUACCGACCUGGCUGGCCAUGAGCGGUACCUACGGACCACGGUUUUCGGUAUGCUGAGCAGCAGCCCCAACUACUGUCUCUUGAUGGUUGCGGCCAACAACGGCUUGAUCGGCAUGAGCAAAGAGCAUCUGGGGAUCGCAUUGGCACUGAAUGUGCCGGUCAUGGUGAUUGUCACCAAGAUUGAUAUCUGUCCUCCGCAGAUCCUCCAGGAGACGCUUUCUCAGCUCAACAAGAUCCUCAAGUCUCCCGGGGCUCGCAAGAUCCCCGUGUUCAUUAAAGACAUGGAAGAAACCAUCAACACGGCCACGCAGUUUGUCAGCCAGCGCAUCUGCCCCAUUUUCCAGGUUUCCAACGUCACCGGAGAGAAUCUGGAGUUGGUACGAACCUUCCUCAAUAUCCUACCGCAUCGCGGCCAGUACAACCCGGACGCUCCUUUCGAGUUUCUCAUCAACGACACCUUCUCCGUGCCGCACGUGGGAACCGUCGUGUCGGGCGUGGCCAAGUCCGGUGUGAUUCACGCCGGCGAUCCGGUGCUUGUGGGACCUGACUCACUGGGCCAGUUCACGACGACUACAAUCAAGUCGAUUGAGCGCAAACGGAUCCAGGUAAAUGCUUGUUUUGCAGGCCAGUCGGGCUCGUUUGCCUUGAAGCGAGUUCGCAGGAAAGAGGUGCGAAAGGGCAUGGUUGUUCUCAAGAAAUUGGACCAACCACCCAAGGUAUACCGGGAAUUUAUUGCCGAAGUUUUGAUUCUGUCCCAUGCAACCACCAUCAAGCCCCGAUAUCAAGCCAUGCUGCAUGUCGGAGCGGUGAGCCAGACCUGCUCCGUCAUUGACAUUGACCGCCCCUUCAUUCGAACUGGCGAUCGUGCUCUGGUGGCCUUCCGUUUCGUCCAGCGUCCCGAAUUCCUGGCUCCUGGUGAUCGAGUGCUGUUCCGCGAGGGCAAAACUAAAGGACUAGGAAUCGUCAAAAGCGUUGGCUACGACCCGGAGAAGCCCCUAAAUCCGGAAGAGAAAAAGGCGCCCGAGAAAGGCAAUUGA